CACUUUGUUAUUUGACUUUGCCAUGGCUAGGCCACUUGUAAUGAUCCACUCUCUACCAAGAAUUUCACAUAUUGGCUUCGGUGUGAUGACCCUUAUGGUGUGUGCCAUUGCAUUGCUUAUGUGUGCUUCUCAUUCUCGCAAAUGGAGAAAGUGGGCCUCUUGCUAUGCCUUUGGAGAAGAACCUGUCAUAGAAUUCAACAAUGAAGUGGUUGUGCAACAAGAACAAGAAGAGGGUUCACUUUGGCAGAAGAACAUACUCAUGGGAGGGAAGUGUCAGCUCCCUGAUUUCUCUGGUGUUAUAAUCUAUGAUUCCGACGGUAACAUACUGAAUCAUACUAAAACUUCUCGUCCAUUACUGACCUGGAAAUAAAGAUUUCAUCCAUCUGUGCCACUUUAUGUUUCUAGAUAUAGUCUCAUGGUUGAAACAGAGAGAAUAGAUUGUUGCAUGAGUUAGACCAAAGCAACAGAGUGACAACAACUUAUUUGGAGUGUCUCAUUUGUAUGAAUAUAUGAAACUCUAGUAAUGUCCAAUACAUGCAGUGAUUCCCUUAGAUUCUGUAAAGGGGAACAUGAAUCUUUAGUUUGAAAGUA